UAUUGUUAACUAAGAGGAAAUAUUCAAUAAUUUCAACAUAUCUUUCUGUUCAAACUGGAAAGACCGUUGAAAACUUUUCCACUCCACAUUCGUAAGAGAAAAGAACAGUCCCAGGGCCUAAAAACCCUAACUUUCCAGAAAACCAUGAACAUUGGUUAAAAAAAGGACUUCGUCUGCAGAAAAAGAGAAAAAAUCGCUCUCUGUUUACGUGCGGGUAACUACGAAUGGAUCCAAAGUGUAAGCGUGUGAAAGAUUAGUAAAACCCAACUGAAUUACGAUCGCUCCUAUCUGCGGAAAAAUGAGAGCCACCUUCACCAUGAAAAGUGACAUUUUCCGCGGAAAUAACAAGCUGUUUUGUGCCUCAUUGUGCAAAGGUGGCCCUAUAAAAUUAGAUUACCUUCUCCAACUCCCCCCCCAAAAAAAUUACACAAGGUAUAUAGACGCGAUAGUGAAAAUCAACCUCAAAAUGCCAAAUCGAAAAAGUCCCCUUAUCAAAUCUUGCCUUCUCUUUACACUCCAAAAACAGUCUCUGUGUUCUCCAUAGUACUCUCUAUACAUUUUCUGUAGUGCUGACAAGGAAAAUUUGUUUAACAAGGAAGAGUUAGUCAGCGAUCGUUUUCUUUACUCUCAUAAUCUAAAUGUUGAAUUCACCAGUGACACUGAAUGGAGAAAUUAGAUGCUAAUCACUUAUAUCAGUAAAAUGGGCUGAGCUCCUUGAUUUGGAAGCCCCAGAGUGCUAAAAAACACUCAUAGACAUAGUCACAAAUCGGCAAGUUCUCUUUUCAAGGUCGUGUCAUAAAUGGGAUUAGGAGUUCUUUGUCUAACUGGGCUCUUAUUUGUGUUGGCUAGACUCACAUAAAAUUAUUGCAAAUUACUUGGCAAAUAUAAUUACUGACAAGGCUAUGUUUGAUUUCUUUUGAAAAUUAGGUCUACACCUAAGGUAAAAUAUUCAAAAUAAAUUCAGAGAUUUUAACACAAGCACAAAAAAAGAUAAAAAACUUUGACGUCAGAGAGGCACCCUAUUGUGGGGAAUCUGCACGAAACACAAAUCGGGACUGAAAACUGAAUCAAAUAUCUUUAGAUUGGGUGGUCUUCUUAUGCCGCCUCCAGCUUACCCAUUUCAUAUUGAGCUUAAGUCUUUAAGUUUUUAUCAUUCAACUUUUUUAUUUGACCUAACGUUAUAUUUUCGUGACCUGUUUUGAAACUGGGACGUGGUCUGUCAUUAUGAAUGAUUAAGGAAAUGUAUAAAAAUCGCCCGGAAAUAAUAAUAGUGUCAUUUUAAUUGCACCCUUUGUCUUCAUUUUGGGUAUUUCUUUGCUUAGGGGAGACAAAAAGAAUCCUAAUUUAAACUGAUAGCCAUUCGGAAAACAGCAGGCAAUCGAUCGCAUUGUAGACAUUUCAUCCUAAUUUUUUUUACAAUUGUUCCCAGGCCUCUCCAAAACUCUGAUAACGAGGCAGAUAAACAAUGUUUUUUUCUGACGUAACGCGGCGCCAAAACAGAGUUUUGGUCAUCAAAAAUGAUGUUCAAAGCGACGAUAUGAAGAAACGGCGAUGGAAACGUAAUCAAAAUUAAGCUUAAAAGCUACUUAGCUUCCUCAUCUUCAGUUGUGAAGAUCAAAAAGAGCUUUCUUUAGCUCUAGAUGAUGUCUGUGGACUCAGUUGCGAGGCGAAUUUCGCGCGGUGGUGGGAUUGUCGUUCGACCUCAAGCCAUAAGUGACAAAUCCUAUGUGGAAAGCGUGGUAAACUUCCUACAAGACGUCGUACCUCAGGCUGUAACAGGAGUUAAACAAGAAGAGAAGGAGAGGGUGUUAUGGGUUAAGUUUGAGGAAGCAGACAUCAAUGAUAAUAUACUUAACCAGGAAGAAAUUUCAUCAGGAGUUAGUGUGCCAUUACUGUUGAUUCUUGGUUACACUAAUGGCUUUCAUGUGUGGACCAUCCCAUCAACUGGUGAAGCUCAGGAGGUGUUAUCUCUUCGUCAAGGGCCCGUAAGGCUUGUGCGCAUGCUCAAGACACCACUGGAAGCAACAAAGUCAAAGGAUGAAUUUGCAGAUGUCAGACCUCUUUUUGCUGUCUGUGAUGCUGCAAGCCCCUCCCUGCCAUUCUCCACGGUAAAUUUGUGGUCCCUUAGCAGUGGUGAACAGGUUCACUCUAUUGGCUUCAAGUCUGAGGUGUACGAUGUACUGUGCAAUAGAAGAUUGAUGGUUGUUGCUCUUCAAGAAAAGAUUGCAGCUUUUGAUGCAUGUACCUUCAAAAACUGUUUCUGCAUAACAAGCUGUUACCCAGCCCCAAGCCCUAACCUUAACCCCUUGGCACUGAAUACCAGAUGGCUGGCAUAUGCAGAUUGCAAGUUGGUACCUAAUCAUCAGUCCUGUGGGGGAGUGUGUGGGGAUAAUUCCCAGUCAUAUACAGCCACAGUCAUCAGUGCUGCUAAGACACUCACCAGGGGUCUGACAAUUUUAGGACGAUGGACAGGAACAGAAGUUUCAAAUGACCAUUUAAACCAAAAAUCCACAAUCACACCAGGAGUUGUAACCAUUAUAGAUACACAAAAAAUUGGAAAUGGAGAGUUCUGUGUACAAGAGGAUGACCAUGAAGGCAUUGGCAUAGUGGCCCAUUUUCUUGCCCAUGCAGGACAGACCCUGUCUGGCAUGUCCUUUGACCCCAGUGGUUCACUGCUGUUGACUGCAGACGUUCUUGGAAACAACUUUCACGUGUACCAUAUUCUACCACAUCCAAUUUGUCCUUCAUUAGGCGCUGUUCAUCACUUAUACACCCUGCAUAGAGGGCACACCACUGCAACAGUUCACGGAAUGGCAUUUUCCUUUGACAGUCGAUGGGUUGCUGUAUCAACUGUCCGUGGCACUGUGCAUGUUUUUCCAAUAACUUCAUACGGAGGUCCCAUAACAGUCCGCACCCACUCCUCCCGUCGCGUGGUCAACCGCAGCAGUCGGUUCCACACCAGCGCUGGAUUGGAUGACCUUGAUCAGGCGACUACAGGCUCAGGCAGACACAGUCCAUGCAACGGCACAGGGCCCAACCUUUCUUGCUCACCCAACGGAAGCCCGCUUAGCUCCACAGGGACUCCACUGGCCAGAGAAUCCUUGACAUCCACUUCAACCAGCAACAAUGGUUUGGUAAAUCCCCGCCUCCCUCCCCUUCCUCAUUCCUACUUUGUGCAACCUUUAGCACAAAUAAGGACACCAGAUGGCCCACGAUGCGGUGGACCCUGUUGCACUGGUUCGGCCCAGAGCUCUAAUAAGUGUAAUGGCCGUGUGGGCUUGGAAUAUUCGGUGGGUGCCGCGAUGACGUUUGCUCCAUCUAGGGGAUGGUUAGGUGGAAGUCCAAACAGCACCAGAGCAGAACCGUGUAGAUCUUCACCUGUUGACUCGCUUUUUGUACUGGACCUCCAUGGGAACUUGACAGAGUACGUUCUGGAGCCACAGGCCGUGAAAACUGUUCCACAGAGUGACGACACCCCCUUGAAUCUCAGCACUACUGGAAGAGCGCAGUGGACGCUUGCUAGGUGUGUUACUUGGCCUGAAAGCAAAAGUCCCGUGAUCAAAGAUGUCGGUCUGUUGCUGGGCCGCUUAAAAGUUUCUCCUUGUGAGCUUAGUAACCACGCCGUCAAUCAAGAGAAGAAAAUCGGCAAGGAGAGUGAAUCGCGCAUCUCGGACGAUCAGUGGCUGGCAAACAUAGACAUGGAGACCCACUCUGCCCCUCAUCGACGACUAUGGAUGGGACCACAGUUCUCUUUCAAGACUUACCAACCACCUGGCUCUUCAUCUGCUUCAUCCACCCAUAGCUUAGGUGACCUUAAGUCAGGGGGCUCGGGCAGUGGGGCCACCAUAGCAGCUCUUAACAGGGAUGGUCACUCAAUGGGUUUCUUCUCUGAAGAACUGGACUUGCAGAGUUUGAGACUGCAGCCUGUUUGCUCGGAUCCAGUACCCACCCCGUCAGGUCAGUUUGCGUUCACUGGAUGCGCAUCGCCCAAUCUAGGGGGGAGUAUGCCACUUAUUGUUGACAAUGGCCCAGGAAGUUUGAACGACCCAUGGCCAGGCUUAAACAACGAGAUGUUCGAGGAUAAAGAGGAGCAACUUGUGGAAACGUUGGCAGACGCCAUGAACGACAGCGCGCUCUUACCGGUAAAAAACGGCAAAAAAAGAACAACUUCAAUCAACGGAGAAAAUCAAUUCCAAUUUCAGUCAGAUUUUCGGGGGGGAGGUGUAAACGCGUUUGCUUCCUACUCAUCCGCUGAAACGAGCCCGCUGUUCCCACCCGAUUAUAAUAAUUGGUCCUAAGUAGGAUUGGACAAACCGUUUCGUCUUAUAAAAAGGCAGUUGUUAAGUCAUAUUAGAGAAUAAUAUAUACUAGCAUGAAGAGCUACUAAGAAUAACUUUAAAAUGAAAAUAAUCUUGUUCCAAGAGAAAAUUUGGUCUGGUUCUCUCGAGUGUGAAAUCUUUUUUCGGCCUUGACUCGCUGAAGCGACAAUUCAAGUUAGAGAGACCUUUUGUCAUCACUUAGGUGAAUCGAUUUUUGAUAGAUUUCUUCGCCAUGCUUUGGUUAUUUAUUUUAUUAAUAUUAUCAUUAUCCUUGCUUUCUAAAUUUCCUAUUGCCUGGUGCAUCGCUUAUGAGAAAUAGAAAAAGGCUUACUUUUUGAUAGUUUUUGGCGAAUCAACAUGCACUGAACGUGUUUCUAUCUUUAUAACUGCACUGAACUUUCGAAGUAGUGUUCUUCGUGUGUAUUUUAUGGGUUGUAAAGGUACGUAAAAUAACAAAGAAAAAUAUAUAAAAUAUUGAAAAUGUAAAAAAAUGUAUAAAAUGGAAAAAGUCCCAGGAUUCUGGCCGCACUAUAAAGGGGCAAAUUUAUUUAUCACCUGUAAAUUGAUGUAUAGUUUUUCAACCGUUAAUUAUCGGUUUUACUUAAGUCUAGUUCUGGUUUUUACGAUUUAAUAAGGAUAUUUGAGUAGCAUUGUGUGAAUAGUGUUUAUAAAAAUCGAAGAGCAAUUGAUCAAUCUGUAUUCUUGACCUCAAAAUAGUGUCAAUCAAUCAAAGAAUUUUAUUGAUCGUUCAGUUCUUAGACUUGUAUGAUAGUGUUAAAAAGAUGUCUUCUGUUUCCCUUUCUAGCUGUAAAUAAGGAUUUUGUAAACUUUUCAAUCUGAAUUUUUUUGUGAAACGGCGAACUGUAAUUUCCUUGAAAUGGUUGAAAGGGUUAAUUUAUAAACCGGUCUUAUACAGUUAUUGUAGAUAUAAACAGAAUCCAACGGGAAAAAAAAAAGAUUGUCUCUAUAUUUUUUAAAAUGUGCAUGGGUGAAGAAACAAUAAAACGUCACUUG